UCCUCUCUCUCCUCUUCACACACACUCACACAGUAACGUUCCUAAUUUCCUCAUUUUCCUCUCUUUUCUCUCUCUAUCUAUCUAUCGUAGCUCCCAAGUCCCAACAAACACUCACUGCAAGCAAAAAAGCAGAGAGUAGAUUCAAAGGAAACACAAACCCUCCCUUUAAAAAAAUACAAAUAUUUUCUCCAACUUCUCCUUCUUAGAUCUCUUAAUUUAUUGCUUUCCACAGAACCCAAGCUGAAGUAAAGAGUCUUGAGCUAAAAGAAGAAGAAGAAUCUGUUUGUGGGUUGUGGUUUUUGGAGCAAUUUGGUGGGUUGGUCCAAGAAUGGAAAAAAGCACUCCAGUUAGAAAGUCACACACAUCCACUGCAGAUCUGCUUACUUGGUCGGAGAAUCCGCCGGAAAAUUCUCCGGCUAUUGGUUCUGCUGCUUCCUCUGCCCGUUCACGCCAGCCGUCGGAUGGGAUCCAAAAGGUGGUAUUUGGAGGUCAAGUGACAGAUGAAGAAGUUGAGAGCUUGAACAAGAGGAAGCCUUGUUCGGGUUAUAAACUAAAGGAGAUGACAGGUAGUGGUAUUUUUGUAGCUGAUGGAGAAAAUGGCAAUUUAGAAUCUGACAGUGCUAGUGCCAUCCCUAAUAGAAGGAUGUAUCAGCAAGCUGUAGCUGGUAUUAGUCAAAUUUCAUUUGGUGAAGAAGAUAAUGUGUCCCCAAAGAAGCCGGUCACUAUACCUGAAGUGGCAAAGCAGAAGGAACUAAGUGGAACUCUAGAAAGUGAGGCUGAGAUGAAGUUGAAGAAACAACUUUCUGAUGCAAAGACCAAGGAGCUUGUUGGCCAUGACAUCUUUGCUCCUCCACCUGAAAUUCAACCUCGUCCAUUGGCUGCUCGUGCUUUAGCACUAAGAGAGAGCAUUACCAUUGGAGAACCUGCAAAUAAUGGUGAUGUGUCUGCUGAUGAACAAGCGGUCAAGACAGCCAAAAGGAUUCCUGAGAAGAAACUUGCAGAGCUCACUGGAAACGACAUCUUCAAGGGCGAUACUCCUCCAGCAUCAGCUGAGAAGCAUCUGAGUUCAGCAAAGUUGCGAGAGAUGAGUGGAAGUAAUAUAUUCGCGGAUGGGAAAGUAGAAUCUCGGGACUUCUAUGGCGGGGUUCGCAAGCCUCCAGGUGGUGAGAGCAGCAUUGCAUUGGUGUAACUUGCUAGGUCUAACUUGAUUUACAUCAUUAUUAAUUGUGUUUCCUUUUUAUCCAUUAUUAUUUGUAGUUGGGGGUGUUUGGUUCUGAUGUGAUUUGACCAGUGUUCUGGAAUUUGGUAUGUCCUAGGUCUUAUUUGACAUGUCGACCAGAGCUUAAGAACUUUUGGCUAAUUGGGUUUUUAUGUUCAUAAAUCUGUGUUUCUGGUGCACUUUGUUUUUGUGAAGAUGUGUCGUCUGAGUUCAAUCAAUUAAUUAAUUAAUAUUUGUGUCCUUUUU